AUGGCUCCCUACGCGAACACCACCACCGUCCCCAGCCUCUUCUCUGCUGUCACCCUCGGUGGAAAGGAAGACCCUGUGCAACUCAAGCAUCGCGUCGCCCUGGCUCCGCUCACUCGUGUCCGCACAGGUGACGCUGGCACGCCGACGGACCUGGUUGUCCAGUACUACGAACAGCGUGCAACCGACGGGGGACUACUCAUCACCGAGGCCACGAACAUCAGCCCCACGGCUCGAGGUUACUUCGGCGCUCCUGGUAUCUUCAACCAGAACCAGAUCGAGAGCUGGAAGCCCGUGACCAAGGCCGUCCACGACAAAGGCGGCAAGAUCUUCAUGCAGCUCUGGCACACAGGUCGUGUGGGCCACCCACUCAACCAACCCAAUGACCAACUACCUGUGUCCUCAAGCGCUACAAGUUUUGUCAAUGCCAAAAGCCGGAGCGUCACUAGUGAGGGUCGCAAGGAUUACGUGACGCCUCGAGCUCUCGACAUUUCGGAACUCCCUGGCGUCGUUGCUGACUAUAAACGUGCCGCAGAGAACGCCAUCGCUGCGGGUUUCGACGGCGUCGAAGUCCACGCCGCCAAUGGAUAUCUCCUCGAGCAAUUCCUAUGUGACCGUGUCAACUCACGCAAGGACAAGUAUGGCGGUAGCAUUGAGAACCGCGCGAGGCUUCUCUUUGAAGUGCUCGAGGCUGUGCUAUCGAGUCUACCGUCUAGCAAGGUUGGCAUCCGCCUGUCUCCGUUUGGAGAGACUUUCGGCUGCAGUGACUCCAACCCGCGUGAGACCUAUGGCUACGUCGUGAACAAGCUAAACGGCUACGAUCUGGCCUAUCUGAGCGUUAUUGAGCGUCGCGGAAUGCAUACUGACAAAAUCGAUGCUCCUGAGGGCGGGAUAGCCCGCCACUUCCGCAGCGUAUACAACGGAGUACUUAUAACAGCUGCGGGAUAUGACCGCGCCGAAGCCAUGCAAACCGUCGAGGAUGGAGUGGCCGACAUCGUAGCCUUUGGACGCGACUUCAUCUCGAACCCAGACCUCGUCGAGCGUCUGCGCGCGGACGCGAAGUUGACGCCGUACGACCGGAAGACGUUUUACCUUCAGCCCGACAUGCCACUGGAAGCGGGUUACACGGACUACCCGUUCCUCGGCGAGGAGGACAAAGGUGCUCGUUCAAGCGGCUUCGUCUGGGAGGCGUAA